AUGCCACCGCGCAAAUCAACUUCAUCUGUCACACCUGCCGACACGGAGGAGGCAUCGCAAUUAUCGCCGCAAGCGCAGGGAACCGCCGACAAGCCCAUCACUGCGACGGAGCAGCAGAUCAAGGCCCGGGCGGAGCAAGGCGUCAGCGUCGAGGACUACCUCCUCCCACGCUCGCUGACGAUCCGUCUUGCGAAAUCCGUGCUUCCUCCCAAUACGACAAUCCAGAAAGAUGCAGUUCUGGCGAUUCAGAAAGCCGCCACCGUCUUUAUAUCCUAUCUCUCGUCACAUGCCAAUGACGCAACUCUAAAGCGCACCGUCGCCCCUGCAGACGUUUUUAAUGCCCUCACUGAACUCGAACUCGAUGCCUUCCGCCCUCGUCUGGAAAAGGAACUCGAGGCCUUUACCGAGAUCAAAGCCGGCAAGCGUAAAGCGAAAAAGACCGAUGCCAAUGGCGGCACAACCGCCGGCGCUAGCAGUGCUGCUGCGCGAACAUCGGGAGGGGUGGCCGAGGACGAAGAUGUUGAAAUGGUGGAUAAACCUGCAAAGCGAGUAAAACGAAGCAAGGAACAGAGCAGAGCAGCUGGACAACCUCGAGGGAACGACCAAGCGCAAGGGGAGGAUGACGAGGAGGAGGAAGAGGAGGAGGAGAACGAAGCGGAAGAAGAAGACGAAAAUGAUGAGGAUGAGGAAGAGGCAGAGGAAGAAGGAGAGGACGAGGAAGACGAGGAUGAUGAUGACGAUGACGAGCACAGGGUGGAUGAGGAUCUCGAUCGCAUUGAGGAUCUGGAUGGGACGUCUAGACAGAUGGAUCCCGAUGCCGAUGAGACAGAUGAUGAAGGGCCCGCGAGUCAGUUGCAGGGUGGGUUGGACCUUGGCUAA